CUUUUCUCUCUCCCCUUAUGCCAAGGCCCCAGAGGCAGAGGCACAGGACCACUUGAAGGAGGGGAAAGCCACAAGCAGACACAAGUCUAGGAAGGAAAAGCCAGACUCCCCCCAGAGCCUGAAAAGUCUCCGGCAUCACUCCCCAAAAACACCCCGAAGUUCACCUGAACCAAUGAAAAGCCGACUAAAGAGGGACUCAACCCUCGAGAGACCUGCCAGGCUGAGAAGGUUCCGCUGGAUCGUUCCUGCCCACGGCGAGGUGGAACUGAAGAUCCGCUUCAGCCCCACAGUGCCAGGGCAGUUUGACCAGCUGAUGAACUUUGAGAUCCUGGGGUCAAAGCGCCUGUACCAGUUACCCUGCAGUGCCACUGCCCUGUACCCCAGCAUCAGCCAGAACCCAUGGCUGGUGUUUCCUCACUGGAGGAAGAGCAAGGAGAAGGAGGACAUCAUCUCCAAGGAAUAUGUCAUGAGCACAAAGCAGUUCCACUUUGGACCGCUGCUUUGUGGCAAGUCAAGAGAGUGGUACAAGGCACAGAACUGCCCCGACAACAGCGAAAAGUUAACCAUCCUCAACAACUCCCCCAUGGAGGCAGAGGUCCAUUUCUCCUUUGAGAGUGACAGCAAAGGAGAGACAUUCCUUUUGGACCCUCCCAGCAUGAGGCUGCAGCCCAAAGAGAAGAAGAAGCUGAGUGUUUGGGCGUACCCGACUUCUGCUGGCCUCCUGGAAGACAGUCUCGUCUGCUGGAUCAAGGACAACCCGGAGCCAGUGGUCUUCUGAAUGUGCUGCGAAGGGGUGCAUGUGAAGCUGGGGGUCAGUCCCCAGGAGCUGCAGUUCAACAAGCUGCUUCUGCACAGGACUGACACCCAGACCCUGGUCCUGAGAAACGACAGCCCACUGCCCAUGGCAUGGCAUCUCAGUGGGCUGGACGACCUUGGAGAUGACUUCUGUGCAUCACAAGGCAGGGGCAUCGUUGGCCCCCGCACAGACUUUGAAGUGAAACUGGAUUUCAAGGCCGAGAAGAUUGGCAUCACAAAUAAGAUCAUCCGACUGGAGGUUUCAGAUACAGAAAACAUCCUGGGCAUUGUUCAGGCUGAAACCAUCAAAGUCUCUGUGGAGGUCUAGGAUGUUAAUCUGAGCAUCAACAUGCCUGAAGGUCCAGAUGGCAGCUUGGAAUUUGGAACCAUUAAUGUCCUUGAUAAUAAAAAGGAAGUCCUGAGCCUGCAGAACAAAGGCUUAUAUGACAUUGAGUACAGUUUCAAGCUGACCACUGGAAGUGCCAAGAGGGGCGACUUGGAAUCUCCCUUCACUGUCCGGCCGCAGAGGGCUGUGCUGAAAGCCUCCCGGCCACCUGUGAAAGUUGAGGUCCUCUUCCACCCCACGACUGAAGUGUUUCUCGAGAGCAAACCCAUCCUGCUCUGCCAGGUCAUUGAUCUCAAAUCGGGUCAAGGAGGCGAGACCGUUGCCACCAUCCCAGUGAGGGUGUCGGCCAGAGCCGUGUACAGCAAGUACAGCAUCGAGCCUGCCUCGCCCAUCG